GGCGCCAUUGAAGCUGAGAUAAGGCAGAACCACAAAAAAGCUAUGAUGAGAGUUUCUUCUGUACUUCUCUGCGGAACUACUACUCUCACCUCUACAGUUGCUCCAGUUCAUCCUAACACGCUCCGCUUCACACUCUGCCCCGCCACUUCCACAACAACCCACUCUGCCACCACCGCCAUUGCUCCCCUCCCUAAACCAUUUCUCUCGUCCUCAACACCCAGCAAACCCACAAACCGAGCUGUCCAGGCUUUGGUAAGUACUCCUAGGGUUUCCCUACAACGCCAUUGCAAAUUCACAGAGUCAGAGGAGCUUGUCCACGACUACGACGACGAUGAUUUUGUCGUCGUCAACUUCUAUCAUUUUCUUUUCUUCGAAGACCCAAAGGCUGAGGUCGCUAAACACCUCUCUUUCAUGGAGGGCCUCGACAUUUAUGGGCGGAUAUAUGUAAACGAACAAGGGAUUAAUGCUCAGUACAGUGGUCCAUCAAAAGAUGCUUUGGCAUAUGUGGAAUGGUUAAAAGAAGAUGACAGAUUUUCUGACAUUUUAGUUCAGGUUUCUCCAGCACUAAAUGGGCAUGCCUUUCCAAAAUUGAAGUUGCGGUAUAAGCCUUCAUUAGUUCAGUUUGAAGGAGGUGAUGCUCAUCUUCCUUUGCUCGAUCCUUUGAUGCGAGCAACACCGCUAGAACCAUCUAAAUGGAGAAAAAAAUUAGAAGCUGCAAACCCAGUUGAUGAUCCAUCAAAAGAGAAUUCUAGUUCUAACUACAUUUUACUAGAUGUGAGAAAUGGUUAUGAGUGGGAUAUUGGACAUUUUGAUGGAGCUCAACGACCUGAUGUGGACUGCUUUAGGAGCACUUCAUAUGGUUUAUCAGAGUCAGAGGUCCCUGCUUCAGACCCUUUAGCAGAUGUUGAUAAAGAAAAAACAGACAUAUUGAUGUAUUGUACUGGAGGCAUUCGUUGUGAUGUAUAUUCGACAAUUCUGAGGCAGCGGGGUUUUCAAAAUUUGUACACAUUAGAGGGUGGCAUCGCACAUUAUCUGAAGAGAGAAGGUCCCGUCAAAUGGACUGGGAAUUUGUUCGUGUUUGACUCCCGUCUUUCUCUAUCACCUUCUACUUACAAGCCUGAAGCCCUGACUAAAGCAAUCAAGACGGAAAAAAAUUUCAGCCAUAAUAAUGCAUUUGCUAAAUGCUACGUCUGUGGUUCACAAGUCUGUGAACUGAGGCAUAGGAACUGUGCAAAUAUUGAUUGCAACUUACUUUUUCUGUGUUGUACGGAAUGUGUGACCGAUUUAAGAGGAUGUUGCUGUGUAAAUUGCACCACUGCUCCUCGACUUAGGCCUGUGCUACGAGGACAUCAAAGAUACAAAAAGUGGCACAUAUAUAGAGACUCGGACUCGGAGUUGCUUAGCAACUCGACAGCUUAAUCAAAGGCAUUAAUCCUCAAGGUCAGAAAUGGUUACUUUAUACAUAAAUUGAAAAUCUAAAAGUUAUAGCAUUGAGUUUUGCAAGAACAGUUUCUAAAAGCUAGCUUCACCUGUUUCAAAAAAUCGUCUUACCUGAGCAAAAGCCACAGUUUCUUGCAUUCAAAGUAUUUUAAUGCAAUGAAUAGCAGUUGUCUAUAACUUGUCCUAUUUUUUAUAUCUCAAAAAAAAAAAAAAACCUGUCUAUAUCUUUACAUACUGCAUAGUGAAUAAUUUACGAGGCAGAAUUCAAAUAUUUGUUCUGUGUGCAAUUUUUUCAUAUCAAUUUUCAACUGGGUUUGUGAUGAAUCCACUCAGUCCUCAAAAGGAACUUGGAUUGGAGGAAUUAUUUACUAAUUAGUGGAAGCAUUGACCAAGUGAGAAAAAAAAUAUCUUCAAUUUCAUCAAA